GCGCCAGAAUAUAACGCGUCCAGGGAAGUCCGCCGCGUCAUCGCCAUCACGGCAGCCGACACCAUGACGACUCUCGCCGCCCAGCCUGCUGCGGUUGCCGCCGUCUGCCUCCUGCUGCUCGUCGGGGGGCUGCAGGCCGACUCCUCGAGCUCCUCGUCGUCGUCGUCCUCCUCCGAUGACGAUGAGCCUUCCCCCGCCGACGUGAUGGAGGCCGCCGUCCAGGAGUGUGUCCGCAAGCACGAGCCCCCCAUGAUAAGCGGCGGGGACUACAGCGAGCUCGCCAAGAUCACCACCUGCGUGUCCGACGGCAUGGAGGCCCUGGGCGCCGGGACUGCCCCCGCCGCCGUAGAGAAGCAGAUCGAGGACUGCGUCAACGGGAAGCCGUUCCCGGACAGCCUCAAGCCUACAGUGGAUGCCUUCCUUGCCUGUGUCCGGGGUGUGCUCUUGUAGCAACGCCGCGCUACUGACGAAUAAAUCACAUUUAUAACGUACAUAAAAGUAUUUAAUGCCAUUAAAUCUCCUGUACAAAGCA